AUGUCAACCGAAGACCAAGACAAAUACGUAACUCUCAUUUCCUCCGACGGCUUCUCCUACGUCAUCAAGCGCUCCAUCGCCAUCGCGGCCUCGGGGACCUUGAAAAGCAUGCUCGGCGAGGACUCUCGGUUUCGGGAGUCAUCUGAAGGCCGCGUAACACUAGACACGAUUGAUGGACGACUAUUGGAAAAGAUCUGCGAAUACAUGCAUUUCAGCGAUAAGUGGCGGCAUACGUCUGUGACUGGGGAGGAUGUUCCGGAGUUUGAUAUUCCGCCGGAGAUGGCGUUGGAGUUGCUUGUUGCUGCGGAUUUCUUAGAUUCAUAG